AUGGGCCCCUGUACCGCCUCCUCAUGCUGCUGCCAGGCCCGUAAUCUGCCAUGGGCCCCUGUACCGCCUCCUCAUGCUGCUGCCAGGUCCAGAGUGUCUCAUGGGUCCCUGUACGGCCUCCCAUUGCUGCUGUCUCCAUCGCCACACUCUGCCAUGUGCCACUUUCAGGUCUCCUCACACUGCUGGUGGGUUCCAUUUUGUCAUAGGGUGCUGGCAGAUUACGGGCCUCCCAUUGCUGCUGCCAGGCCCGUAAUCUGCCAUGGGCCCCCGUACCGACUCCUCAUGCUGCUGCCAGGCCCCGUAAUCUGUCAUGGGCCCCUGUACCGCCUCCUCAUGCUGCUGCUGCCAGGUCCAGAGUGUGUCAGAGUGUGUCAUGGGUCCCUGUACGGCCUCCCAUUGCUGCUGCUGUCCUCC